ACGGCACAGGUAAAUACUACAUUUAUUCUAAUGUAAAGGACCUAUACACCCCUUUAUACAUAUUAAAUCGGGCGUAUCAUAGUUUAAGUAUAGCGUUUAGUAAAAUUAAGUUAGUAAAGUCGCAUUGUAGUUUCAGUAUCAACGCACAACGUGGAAAGCGAUCGUGACGAUUUCAAGUCAUUAGACAAUUGAUAAAGGAUCCAGCUCCGUUCGAAGACAUAAUAGUGAAGGUUUUUUCUCUUUUAAAUGAUAUAUAUGAAGGUGAAACACAUUACCUCUUCUCUCUUCGCUGAAGGCCUGAGAUGGACCGUUACAGAUAUUUCAUCUUCAAUCAGAAGAGUGUGGUGGUCCUCGGCAUCCUUCAGGUGGCGUGCGCGGGGCUUUGCGUGGUUUGCGGGUUUAUGGAUGCAGUCUUCCGCAAGAGCACUACUUUGAGUGAAACUAGGGCUCCACUCUGGGCUGGACUGAUUAUGGCUGCCCCUGGUGUACUUGCCCUCUUAGCAUCCCAGAAGAAAAACCCAAUUUUGGUAAAUGUCAUGAUCGCAUCAUCUGUGAUGUCACUUUUUGCUGUUGUGAUUGUCUUCGUUUAUGCUUGCGUCACUCUCAGCUAUGGAGAAGAGGAUGAUGAGGUCUUCCAUGCCCAUCCUAUCCCUGAAGUGAGGUUCGUGCUCAGCCGGAUGGUGAAAGGAGCAAACAGCACCCUUCUGGUGGCCUGCAUGGGGUCUUUGCUCUUUUCUUCUCUCAUUGCUUAUGUCGGCUUCCGCAGUCUGCCACUUUGCGGCUGCUACGACUCUGCAAAUGGCAUGGAUUUUCUAGUUCCUCAGAAUGACCCUGUUACUCCAACUGAACUUGUGUGCACUUGGCAAGAUGGAGAUGAGCGAAUCUUUAACUCCCCCAUGUCAUUCAUGGAUCACUGUCCUGAGCAGGAACAGCAAAACCUCUCUACACUUCCACCGUAUAGCAGACUAGCUUAAUAAUUGAUGUUUAUUUUUAAAUGUGAAAUACUGGUAAAUAUAGUUCAUUAAUUUUCCCCAUAAAGCGAAAAAUGUCCAGAUAUCAUCAAGCCUGCUUGUUUCAAAGUAACUUAAAUUUGUUUCUUGAUGUUUAAGUUAUCAGUGCCAUACUUUUUUUAUCUUUUUU